AUGGAAACAUUAUAUCAGAAUUCCACGGACUUUAUCUUUUUGGGACUCUUCAUCAAUCCCAUGUUCCCUGGCUUGAUCUUCACUAUCAUCUUAUCUAUCUUCGUGGUGGCUGUAAUGGCCAAUGUGGUCAUAAUUCUGCUUAUCCACGUGAACUCCAAGCUUCACACUCCCAUGUACUUUUUACUUAGUCAGCUCUCUAUCAUGGACACUGUCUACAUCUGCAUCACUGUUCCUAAGAUGUUGGCAGACCUUCUAUCCAGGGAAAAGAACAUUUCCUUUCUGGGCUGUGCAGUUCAGAUCUUCCUUUAUCUGACUUUGUUUGGGAGUGAAUCCUUCUUCUUGGGUCUCAUGGCCUAUGAUCGCUAUGUAGCUGUUUGUAACCCCCUCCAUUAUCCUCUCUUAAUGAACCAAAGGGUCUGCUUGCUUAUGGUAGUGGGGUCCUGGAUUGGUGGUUCUCUUGAUGGCUUUAUAUUGACUCCUGUCAUUAUGAGUUUUCCUUAUUGUGGCUCACGAAAGAUCAAUCACUUUUUCUGUGAGAUUCCUGCUGUGCUAAAGCUGUCAUGUGCAGACACAUCCCUAUAUGAGACCCUCAUGUACGCCUGUUGUGUCCUGAUGCUCGUCGUUCCCAUAUCCCUUAUCUCUUUUUCUUAUUUUCGGAUCUUGGUUACUGUCACUCAGAUGAAUUCUUCUGAAGGUAGACACAAAGCCUUAGCCACCUGCUCUUCCCACAUCAUAGUAGUCAGUAUUUUUUAUGGGGCUGCUUUCUAUUCUAAUGUCUUACCCCGCUCCUUUCACACACCAGAAAAAGACAAAAUAGUUUCAGCUUUUUACACCAUUCUCACUCCUAUGCUCAACCCUGUAAUUUACAGCCUAAGAAAUAAAGAUGUGUCAGCAGCUCUAAAAAAAACAAUAAGAAAAUGUGCUUCUUCCCAGAAAAUUCAGGUAAAGAAUUGA